AUGGCGGCGGCGGACGGUUGGAGCUGGUUUCCAGCGUUAGCACUGGGAAGUUCUCUGCUCAAAUGUCUCUUCAUCAAAUCAUAUCAUUCCACAGACUUCGAGGUGCACAGGAACUGGUUGGCGAUCACACACAGUCUGCCGGUGUCCCGGUGGUACCAUGAGAACACCUCGGAGUGGACUCUGGACUACCCCCCGCUGUUCGCCUGGUUCGAGUUCGGUCUGUCUCAGGCGGCUCGCCACUUUGACAGAAACAUGUUGGUGGUGGAGAAUCUGAACUACGACAGUCCGGCGACCGUCCUCUUCCAGCGUCUGUCGGUCGUCUUCACUGACGUGGUUUUUAUCUUCGCUGCCAGAGAGUGCUGCAGGUGCGUUCAGGAGCAGAAAGGCUGUCGGGACGUUUUGAGCCGCCCGUCCUUCGUCCUGGCUGUUCUGCUGCUCUGGAACUUCGGCCUCCUCGUCGUCGACCACGUUCACUUCCAGUAUAACGGCUUCCUGUUUGGCUUCCUGCUGUUGUCGGUGGCGAAACACCUGCAGUCCCAACACCUGCAGGGGGCGCUGCUGUUCUCCGUCCUGCUCAACCUGAAGCACAUCUACCUGUACGUGGCUCCGGCCUACGGCGUCUACCUGCUGAGGAGUUACUGCUUCACUCAAGACAACACAGACGGCUCCGUCAGGUGGAGGAGCUUCAGGCCGCUGCGCCUCCUCGCUCUGGGCAGCAUCGUGACCUCCGUCUGCGCUCUGUCCUUCGGCCCCUUCAUCGCCAUGGGCCAGCUCCCGCAGGUCCUCUCCCGGCUCUUCCCCUUCAAGAGGGGCCUCUGUCACGCCUACUGGGCCCCCAACGCCUGGGCCCUCUACAACGUGCUGGACAAAAGCCUGGCGGUGCUCGGUGUUCGUCUGAAGCUGCUGGAGGAGGCGGAGCUUCCCCGAGCCUCCAUGACGGGCGGGUUGGUUCAGGAGUUUCAGCACGCCGUCCUCCCCUCCGUCACUCCCUCCGUCACACUCGUCUGCACGCUCGUCUCCAUCCUGCCGGCGGUGGCGUCCAUCUGGUGGCGUCCUCGCGGCGCUCGUGGCUUCCUGCGCUGCCUGCUGCUCUGCGCUCUCGGCUCCUUCAUGUUCGGCUGGCACGUCCACGAGAAGGCCAUCCUCAUCGCCAUCCUGCCACUGAGCAUCCUGGCAGUUGAGAGCAGAGAGGAUGCUGGGAUCUUCCUGGUUCUGAGCACCACAGGUCAUUACUCGCUGUUCCCGCUGCUCUUCACCCCCGCAGAGCUGCCCGUCAAAGUGCUGCUGAUGCUGCUGUUCACCGUCUACUCUUUCACCGCGCUGAGGAAACUCCACAGCGGUCGGGGGUCUCUGCUUCGUCCUCUGGAGUCCGUCUACCUGCUGGGACUGGUCGCCGUGGCGAUGGCCUGCGAGGUCGUCUUCCCUCUGUCGCCGUGGCAACAGAAGCUGCCCUUCCUGCCCCUGCUGGUGACCUCGGUGUACUGCGCCGCCGGCGUCUGCUACUCCUUCCUGCGUCUGUACGUCAGCCUGCUGCGGCGGCCGCAGGAUCAGAAGCCCAAACAGCUGUGAGACGGCAUCCUGCGCCCCAGAGGUCGCAGGUUAGAACCCCGAAAACACACCCACACCCCGAGCAAGGCACUCAGGUGCUGACUGACCAAUCAGGAGAGAGAGACUCUCCAAAAGCUGUGAGGCUCUGCCUCCGUUUUACUUCUUCUUCUUUUUCUGGAAUAUUGACAGAAAACAGCGACCGCAGGACGACGACAUGAGCCGGAAAUCACCGACGAAAAAUUACUCAAGUAUCAAUAAAUAAAUGAAUACAGGAGUGGAAACUAUGGAAAUACGUACCAAAAAUAAAAAAUUAAUACUGAAAUUAAUUUGUAAAAAUGCAUGAAUAAAUAAAUAAAUAA